CACACACACAUUCUGACACACACACACACACACACACUAAGAGAGCAACUCUCCACAGGAAAAGCUGGAGACAGAAUGCAGAGCAGCACCUCACAGCAGCCUCAGCGCUCGGCGGCGGCCCAGGAGGGACCCUCCUCUACUUUGAUAGUUGCUUAAUUACUCAUAUGAUGCCACACAGAUGUCUGGGGGGGCUCCAGCCGAAAGUUUGCCCCGCUCUCUCUCGCUCUCUCCCGCUCGCUGACUGACUGACUGACUGAGUGACAGGAUCCAAGGGAAGGCAGACGUUUAAGGAGCGCCCUGUCGUCUACGUAAUUGGACUCUUAUCCCAUUAUCUUCGAGUCAGAGAGAGAUCUGUUCAGCGAUGGGCUCGACGACUCUACGCAUGUUGCUGCUAAUGGCCGUCAUGGCCGCUGUUGGAACGGCUGAGAUAAACAACACAGAGGAGCUUCCUGGCACUUCCUGGCCGUUCUCCACCACCAUCCAGCCCCGGGAGACUCAAUCCCAGCCAGGGAAAAUCCCAGACACACGCCAGGAACCUACUGCAGGUAACGGUACCAGGGGUCCACCAAUCAGAAUACCCCCUCCGCCCUGCAAGCAAUCACCUUCCAUUAGACAAUGGCUGAAAAUCGUCAACACGAUCUUGUUAUGCACCGUGUUCGUGGUGGGCAUGCUGGGUAAUUCCACCCUGCUGAGGAUUAUCUAUAAACACAAGUGCAUGUGGAACGGACCUAACGCCCUCAUCGCCAGCCUGGCCCUGGGAGACCUCAUCUACAUCACCAUCGCCAUCCCCAUCAACCUCUACAAGCUGGUAACAGGAUAUUUCCCACUGGCUGAUUACGCUAUUGGUCCAUAUCUGUGCAAGCUGGUGCCGUUCCUGCAGAAAGCAUCUGUGGGCAUCACAGGGCUGAACCUGUGUGCUCUCAGUGUGGACAGGUACCGGGCGGUGGCCUCGUGGAGUCGGGUGCAGGGGGUGGGGAUCCCUUUACUGACGGCUGUGGAAAUCGUGGUGAUUUGGGUGCUGUCCAUCGUUCUGGCCGUGCCGGAGGCCAUAGUGUUCAACAUGAAGGUCUUCAACUACAACAACAUGGAGAUCCACACCUGCAUGCUCGUCCCCACCACCGACUUCAUGCAUCGGUACAUUAUGUGGAAGGACUGGUGGCUUUUUGGGUUUUAUUUCUGUAUGCCGCUGGUCUGCACCGGCAUUUUCUACACCCUCAUGACCCUGGAGAUGCUCACCCACCGGAAAGGAAGCAUCCGGAUCGCCCUGAGUGAUCACCUUAAACAGAGACGGGAAGUGGCUAAGGCCGUGUUUUCCCUGGUCCUGAUCUUCGCUCUGUGCUGGUCCCCUCUGCACCUCAGCCGACUGCUGAAGAAACUGAUAUAUGUUGAGUAUGAUGAAAAUCGCUGUGAGCUUCUGAACAUGCUUUUGAUUCUGGACCACCUUGGCCUGAUGCUGGCCACUAUAAACUCCUGCAUCAACCCCAUCGUCCUCUACGUCGUCAGCAAGAAGUUCAAGAACUGCUUUGACUCUUGCUUGUGUUGUUGGCGACGAUCUAAGAACCAGAGCACCAGCUUGAGUCCAAUGAAUGGCACAAGCAUCCAGGGCAAGAACCAAGAGGGCAACAACCACACCGACCGCAGCCUGAGAAAAGACAGUAACUGAUAUGUGGAGCUCGUAUCUGUGGCCUGGAGGAAGAUGCACUGCGAACCGUAAACUGUAUUAAGCUCCGUUGAUGGAGGAUGAGGACGAAACUUGUCAACACCAUCACCGUUACCUUCACCACCACCACCAUCCAGUCCAGCUGCAGCAAACCUCGAUAUUAUGUGAACCCUGGCACGAGUGUAGAGGACACUAGUGCUUUUCUGUGCUGGACACAGUAUGAAAGAAGCUGCUUAUUAUUGAUGCCUUUAGAACAAAAACCUUGUAUCUCCAAAAACAGUAUCUUUGAAGAGACACCAAAAAAAAAAUAACUUUUAAUGUAAAGAAUACAACUUUAAUUUGAGGAAAUUUGGGGCCAUUUGCCUUAGGUAUUUUUGCCUUAAAAUUAUUUGUAUAAUAAGGUAAGGCAAGGCAAGUUUAUUUAAAUGGCUCUUUUAACACACAGAGGCUAUUCAAAGUGUUUUAUAGAAAGAUUUAAGGCUAUAAAAAAUCAUAAAUUAAGAGGAAAAAAGCUUUUUGCAUAAAAAAAAUACAAAUAAAUUAAUAUAAUCAAAAGGCCGUCUCUAAAAAAUGUUUUUAAAAAAAAAGUUUUCUCAUUUUUUCUUCACAGCAGCAAAGACACAGCCUGUUGUUCUGGGACUGAUAUAUAUUUAAAGUCGUGUUCCCAGAAGCUUCCCGACUGAUGUUUUGCCGUGAGAGAGGAUGCGAGGGCGGAGGCUAGGGGGCAGGAUGCAGCUGAACGUCAGCUAUAAAUGAGCCCCAAUCAGGGGUCUAGCAUGUUUGGCCCACAAACACAAAAACACACAAAGCACACAAACACUGGGACAUGUGUUUAGGCUGUGUACACACUUUCUCAAGGGGCAGGAAACUGCAGGAAGGAAGGAGCUGUGUGGUGUGUGUCACAUUCUCUUUGUGUGUGUGUGUGAAACUGGACAAAGCCAAAGACCCCCGCUGCCCUGGUCCUUCCUGAUGCUGCUCAGGCGUGAAACUCCCGCUUGUUCUCUAAAUCUGGAUCUAUAACAUCUAUAACAGACUGUAUAUCAGAAGGUAUAUCAGGAAGGUGGACCCAUGCAUUGAAAGUUAUCCUGUUCCUGUUGGACUGUUGACUGUUGAUAUCAGUUAAUAUUUUUGUUCAUUAUUGGUGGGCUGGAAUCAAAGGGCUCAGUAAUCUUCUUCACAGCGCUGUGUUUUAAAGGUUUUCUGCAUUUUCUGUGUUGUUUCUGCUCAAAUCCUGGUCAUGCAGCUUGCCAUCAGCUGCCGGAGCCCCGAGAGAGCACAAUUGGCCUUGCUCUCUCUGGGUGGCUACAGUAGAUAGCGCUAUCUCCCCUUAUCACUCCAAAGGGUGAUGUUAUUUAUAGCAUAAGGCUGCAUCUGUGAGCUGAUGUAUCAGAACCGAGUUGCUGCGCUUUCUUCUGAGUGCGCUGUGAUGCUGUAUCAAUGCAGCAGUUCAAAAAGAGGCGGAGUCUGACUUCACAUGUAUCAAAGGAAGAGGCAUGUGAUAGUGUGCUUUACCCUCCUGGUGUGUUGGGGGAUCACUAGGGAUAGGGGAGUCCUAAUGAGUGGGCUGGGUAAUUGGCCUUGUAAAUUAAAGAGAAAAUGCGAAGAAAUUAGAAAAAUAAAGAAAACAAAUGGAAUUAUUUAGUAAAAAAAAAAAUAAACAACCAAAAAGAUGGUUUAUAUUUUAUAUUUUGGAUGACAGAUUUAGAUACCUUUGAUGUUUUUUCUCAGUCAGCUUUAUGAGGUAGAUUCACCUAGAAUUCAGGCUUUCAGUUAACAGCUGUGCUGAACUCAUCAAUUUCUCUUAAUGUGUUUGAGAGCAUCAGUUGUAAAGUAGUGAAGAGGUAGAGUUACAGGUAUACAGUGAAAAGUGAAUAUUUGACUAAUGUUCUAAUCCAGUUUAUGAGAAGCAAGAACUACUCAACUAAGUAAAGAAAAAAAAAUUGCAGUACAAAAACCAUUAAAAACACUAUGAUGAAACUGGCUCUCAUCAGGAUCGCCCCAGGAAAGGAAGAGCAAGAGUUACCAAGAGUAACCAGCCUCAGAAACCGCAAGUUAACAGCAUCCCAGAUACGAGGCAUUUAUAAUAAUUUACCUCUCAGCAAAUCCUUGUUUUUUUCUUUCUUUGUAUAACGGUGGGAAAACCUAAAUUAUAAUAUAGAAAAGCACAGAAAUGCAGAAAAUCUGAUUUUUUUCACUGCACUGUACAUUACUGAGUGAAUAUUACCAUUGCAGUAUUGUGUUCUGUAUAGAUAAGCUCGAUUGUAUCCCAGGAUAAUGUGUUUCUAAGCGUUUUAAACUUUUAAAACUAACGAAAAGCUUCUUCUACAGAGCUUUGAUUAGUUGUAUAAGGGCACAGUGGCCACAUAGAGCUCUCUGUCCCACAGCUGGGUUUUCCUGACCAGUUAGAAAUACAGAGGCUAAUGACCUCUGACCCUGUUUGAAUUUUAGAGUAAGCUUUAGGAGGCCGUCCAAUCGCAACAAACGCUUGCUAAUAACGUCAGAAAAAAGAGAAGCAGAACAUUUCUAAGUUCAGCUCGAGGGCUUGGGAAAGAAGGGGCCUCUCCCUCGACCCAAAAACAAACUGAAAGCUCUACAAAUCCUCCUUCACCCGUUACACUGUGAAUCCUCCUUCUUUGUGUAAAUAACUUCAUUUAUAAUCUUUCUAUUUCAUUUAUGUUGGAUUAUAAAUACUGUAUGCCACUUAUUAUGUGUUUUUCCCAGUUUGCAGAUGAAGUGAAUCAGAUAUUUGUUGAGCUAAUAUUGUCAAUUCACUCACAUUAGAGUGGAUUUAAAAAAAUUGUUUUAUUUUAUGAUUUAGACAGAAUGUUUCACUGUUACCAUAUUUUUCGCAAUAUAAGGUGCCCUUAAAAUCUUUACAUUUUUCAAAAAUUUAAUCAGUGCACCCUUAUAAUCCAGUGCACCUUAUGUAUGAAUCCUAGAAGUUUCUCCAGCACUGAGGCUGAAGCAGCAUUAGCAUUAGCCGCUAACUGUGCUAAGCGCUAGCUCUUUCACCAUUCAAUUCAAUUCAAUUCAAUUCAGUUUUAUUUUUACAACGCUUUUUACAACAAAGGUUGUCACAAAGCAGCUUUACAGGAAAAACAGGCCAAAGCCUCUUAUGAACAGCACCACAGAGAUGCCAAUUUUAUUAGCAUUAGCCGCUAACUGUGCUAAGCACUUGCUUUUUUUCGACUUUCAGAGGUGAGAAUAUUAGCCUGUAGCCUGCUGCUAACCCCAGCUAGCACUGCUGGCGCAGCAUUAGCAUUAGCUACUAGCAUUUUGCACCCAGCCUUAGUGGAAAUCUGAAAAUCUAAGCUUACUUCAUACUUAGUUCUUUACUAGUGUCACAUAAUGUGCCUUAUAGUACGAGAAAUAUGGUACAAAUACAGUGUUCAAACAGCUGUUCUUCUUCGUUGCUGUAUUCAUAGCAUAUCACUGAUGUAACAGCAGUGAAUCAUCUGAAUACAGUCAGUAAAUUAUCAAGAACAUUUUAAUCCAUGUUUAUUUUAACUGUGUAAAUAAAAAAUAUGUUUAUAGUCCGAGAAA